UAGUUAUAUUAUACCUUUUAUUUUUUAGGAGAUAAUAAAACUUAGCAAUUUAUUAUCUAAUCUAAUAACCUUCAUUGAAAAUAUAAACUGGAUUUGAAAAUACAAUGUAAUAUUAUUUAUUUAUGAUAUAAAAACAAAAACUUAAAAUGGUAUUUAAGUAUUCUUAGUGUCAAACAGAGGAAAUAUAUGAUAUAUAUGUAAUUAACUAGUCAAAAUCUGCUGUGAUAAUGACCUAUUCUAAAAAUUGAUGAGAAUCUACUAUAUUAAAUAACUAAAAUAAUAGAUUAUUGACAAGUAUAACAAAAUUGAAAUCAUAACAACUAUUUCAAAGAAGACGUGUAUAAAAAGGGAAUCAUAACCGGAGACUUAAGAAGAACAAGAGGCAAAAAAAACUAUAGAGACUUAGACAGAGACAUAUAUCUCCCUAUCUCUCUCUCUCCCUCUUCAAACGCAACAUCUUGUCUCUAUGGGAUCGCAACUCUCAAACACAGUCGUCGAAGGUGAAGAUAACACCAAAACCAUCGGAUCAACCGCUCCGGACCAGCUUUUGGAGAUCGAAUCCUUGGAGAAGAUCUUAAAUUACAAGUUCAAAGACAAGAGAUUGUUGGUGCAAGCGUUUACAGACGCUAGUUACGUUGAUGAUAAGUGUGAUUCGUACGAAAUCCUAGAACUUUUAGGAGAUUCGAUCCUAAAUAUGAGUAUAAUCGAUGAGUUUAUUAAGCUCUACCCUAAAGAAUCACCUGGUCCGUUGACCAAGCUCCGAGCCGUUAACGUAGACACCGAGAAAUUGGCCCGGGUCGCUGUAAAACACCAACUCUAUCGCUACCUCCGUCAUAAGAAACCCUUGCUUGAGGAGCAAAUACUGGAAUUUGUGGAAGCCAUGGAAAAAUAUCCACUACAUUCAAAUGGUCUUUUGAAAGUUCCUAAAGUUCUAGCAGACAUAGUAGAGUCUACCAUUGGAGCUCUCUUCAGGGACUGCAACUCCACUGAGACCGUCUGGGAGGUGAUAAAACCAUUGUUGGAGCCAAUCAUACCUUUAGACAAAAUGAAGAGCCAUCCAAUGACAGAACUUAAUGAGAUGUGUCAGAAGAGGAACUUGAAAUUGACGCCCAAAGACACUUGGGAAGAAAAUCAAACCUAUUGUUUCCAUAUUGAGGAUAAGUUCGUUGGAUGUGGACAACAUCCUGUGAAGAAAGAAACUGCUCGUAAUUUCGCUGCAAAAAAUGCUAUCGACAAUUUUUCUAAAUUCUUCGGAGACCUUUAGUUAUAUGAAUUUGUAUCAAAAUAAAAACAAAAAUUGUAUUUUAUAAAUUUCUACAGGAGAAAUUGUACUAUCUUUGUGUUUUCUUUUUGUUAUAGUAAACAAAAAGAA